GGACAAGAACCCUUCUCUUUGGACUGAGAGUUGUUAAAGUUCCGCCUACACCCACGUUCGCUCUCGCUCUCAUUCACUCAUCUGAGAUCAAAUCGAAUCCAAUGGCCGUCACCUUCUCAGAUCUCCACACCGAAUCAGGCCUCAAAUGCCUCGACGAGUUCCUCUCUGGCAAAGCAUAUAUUUCCGGAGAUAAUCUGACAAGGGAUGACAUAAAGGUGUACGCCGCCGUUUGGGAGAAGCCCGGAGACUCCUUUCCGAAUGCUAGCAAGUGGUACGACGCCGUUUCGACCCAUCUCGCUACAAGCUUCCCUGGGAAAGCUGUUGGUGUGAGAGUGAGCGGCGGCAAAGGUGCUCCAGUUGAUGCUGCUUCUGCUGAGGAAGUUAAGGAUGCUCCUGCUGGAGAUGAUGAUGAUGAUCUUGACCUCUUUGGUGAUGAGACAGAGGAUGAUAAGAAAGCAGCAGAGGAGAGGGAGGCAGCUAAGAAGGCAUCCUCCAAAAAGAAAGAGAGUGGGAAAUCUUCUGUCCUUUUGGAUGUGAAGCCAUGGGAUGAUGAGACUGACAUGAAGAAGCUGGAAGAGGCUGUACGGAGUAUUGAGAUGCCUGGUCUCAUUUGGGGAGCAUCAAAAUUGGCUCCGGUCGGUUAUGGGAUAAAGAAGCUGCAGAUCAUGCUUUCAAUCGUGGAUGACCUUGUAUCCGUGGAUUCCCUAAUUGAGGAGCGUCUGACGGUCGAACCCUGCAAUGAAUAUAUCCAAAGCUGUGACAUUGUUGCCUUUAACAAAAUCUAAGAACCAUCUUACUGGGCUGCAGGGUUGCUAUCUUCAUUCGGCUAUUUUUUGUUUUAACAUCAUUAGUUGUCAUUUCCUACUACUGUUUUUGUUUGGUCUUGUGCUUUUAUUGUGGUUCUCUUUCUAGAAUUGUGAGAGAUGAAAAAAAUGAACAUUUGAAUCUUAGUAGAAGCCUUUGUCGGCAUAUAUGGGAUUGAGUAGCCUCUA